AUGGCGGACUCGGCGGCCCGCCGAUGAGGAGGCCGCGGGGGGAGCCCGGCCCCCGGGCCCCGAGACCGACCGAGGGAGCGACCUGCGCGGGGCCCGGGGAGCCAUGGUCUCCAUCACCCAGCUCCAUGCUCCGGGUCCUGCUCUCUGCCCAGGCCUCCACUGCCCGGCUCUCUGGCCUGCUGCUGCUCCCUCCAGUACAGCCCUGCUGUCUGGGGCCCAGCAAGUGGGGGGACCGGCCCCCUGGAGGAAGCCCCCAUGCAGGCCCUGUGCAGGGGCUGCAGCGGCUUCUGGAACAGGCGAGGAGCCCAGGGGAGCUGCUGCGUUGGCUGGGCCAGAACCCCACCAAGGUGCGCGCCCACCACUACCCUGUGGCGCUUCAUCGCCUGGGCCAGCUCUUGGGGUCUAGGCCACGGCCCCCUCCUGUGGAGCAGGCCACCCUGCAGGACUUGAGUCAGCUCAUCAUCCGAAACUGCCCUUCCUUUGACAUUCACACCAUCCAUGUGUGUCUGCACCUUGCAGUCUUACUUGGCUUCCCAGCAGAUGGGCCCCUGGUGCAUGCCCUGGAGCAGGAGCGAAGGUUCCGCCUCCCUCCGAAGCCGCCACCCCCUCCGAAACCUGUCCUGUGUGGUGGGCAGAGGUUGGAAGCGGCUCUGAGCUGCCCCCGUUUCCUGCGGCAUCCGAGGCAGCAUCUCAUCCGCAGCCUGGCAGAGGCCAGGCCAGAGGAACUGACCCCCCACGUGAUGGUGCUCCUGGCCCAGCACCUGGCCCGGCACCGCUUGCGGGAGCCCCAGCUUCUGGAAACCAUUGCUCACUUCCUGGUAGUCCAGGAAGCCCAGCUCAGCAGCAAGGUGGUACAGAAGUUGGUUCUGCCCUUCGGGCGGCUGAACUACUUGCCCCUGGAACAGCAGUUCAUGCCCUGCCUUGAGAGGAUCCUGGCUCGGGAAGCGGGGGUGGCCCCGCUGGCCACCGUCAACAUCUUGAUGUCGCUGUGCCAGCUGCGCUGCCUGCCCUUCCGAGCCCUGCACUUUGUCUUUUCCCCGGGCUUCAUCAGCCACAUCAGUGGCACCCCUCACGCUCUGAUCGUGCGGCGCUACCUCUCCCUGCUGGACACGGCCGUGGAGCUGGAGCUCCCCGAUUACCGGGGUCCCCGCCUUCCCCGAAGGCAGCAAGUGCCCAUCUUCCCCCAGCCUCUCAUCACGGACCGUGCCCGCUGCAAGUACAGUCACAAGGACAUAGUAGCCGAGGGGCUGCGCCAGCUGCUGGGGGAGGAGAAAUACCGCCGGGACCUGACGGUGCCCCCUGGCUACAGCACAGACUUCCUGCUGUGCGUCAGCAGCUCGGGCGCGGUGCUUCCCGUGAGGACCCAGGACCCCUUCCUACCCUACCCUCCCAGGCCCUGUCCCCAGGGCCCCGCUGCCUCCCAGCCCACCACCAGCGACCCCGCCCAGAGCUGCCCUUCGAGGAACUGGAGUCCCAGAGAGGCCUGCCCCAGCUCAAGAGCUACCUGCGGCAGAAGCUCCAGGCGCUGGGCCUCCGCUGGGGGCCUGAAGGGGGGUGAGGGGCCACAGGGGGUUCAGGAUGGCUCCCCUAUGGGGGGUGGACGAUUUGCACUUUGGCUUCCUCGUUUGGGUUUUGCAUUAAAGGCCCUUUCCUGCCCCACCACGCAGCUCGUUUCUGGGAUCGGGAGCCCGGGAGCCCCACUUUCCCAUUCGUGCCCUCUCACCCCACAGAGACAGAAGGCGGGGUCGGGUGGGGGCCGAAGCACUUUACUACAGGGUGGGGAGGAGAGUGUAAGGGGCUUUAAAUUAUUCAUUUAAAUAAAAACGAGGGCG